AUGAGAGAAAGUCAUUUCUCCUUCAUUGCUUUCCCUCUGAGCUUUUUCGAGUCUACCGUUACUUCUCAUCUUGAUAUUUCAGCAAUUUCCAACUCUGCAGCUGUGCCAUUGUCUUCCAUUAUCCUCACAAAAAUGAGCAUUUCACUGCUUUCAUGGCUCUUCUUUUAUUCAUAUAUUGCAACUUUCUUUAUCAUCACUGCAGUUUUGGUUUCUGGUCAAUGUCAAAUCCAUCAGCAAGACAUGCUGCUCGGAUUGAGGAAAAGCCUGAGUUCUUCAUUGUCUGCAAAGAUGGUAAAAUGGGACCAAAGCAAGGAUUGCUGUUCUUGGGAUGGUAUAACCUGUGAUCAAAGUGGUCGGGUUAUCAUACUCGACUUGAGCAACCAAUUAAUUUCCGGAACAAUUGAUAAUUCGAGUAGUCUUUUCAAUCUUCAGCAUCUUCGGCACCUUAAUUUGGCUUUUAACACACUCAACUUCAGUUUUCCUUGUAGGUUUGACAAGUUCUCAAAUUUGAGCUAUCUUAAUUUGUCAAAUGCUGGAUUUACAGGGCAAGUUCCGGCUGAGAUUUCACGCUUGAUUACUCUAGAUUUAUCUGUAAAUUUAUUUCUUAGAGAUGGACGACCCUUGAAACUUGAGAAGCCAAACCUGAAUAUGCUUGUUGAAAAUCUCACAAGGCUAAGAUCUCUCCAUCUUGAUGGGGUCAAAAUUUCAGCAAGAGGAAAUGAGUGGUGUAAAUGGUUAUCCUCACUGACCAAUUUGGAAGAGUUGAGCAUGUCCAACUGUAACCUUUCUGGACCAAUUGAAGAUUCCCUUCAAAAGUUGAAGAACCUCUCAAUUAUUCACUUGGAUAGGAACAAUUUAUCUGCUGUGGUUCCAGCAUUCCUUGCUCAUCUUCCAAAUUUGACGUCAUUGCGGCUCAUUUCUUGCGGUUUGCAUGGACAAUUUCCAAGAGAGAUACUCCAGGUAAGGAUGCUACAGUCUCUUGAUGUACUUGACAAUGAGAAACUUCAAGGUUCUUUGCCUGAAUUCCAUCAUAAUGGGUCUCUUCAGAACCUAGUUCUUAGCGGAACAAAGUUUUCUGGGUCAUUACCACAGUCAAUAGACAAGCUUGUGAACUUGACUAGAUUAGACCUUUCGCAUUACAAUUUCAGCGGAGCAAUUCCGAGUUCAGUCUCCAACCUGCAACAACUUGUUUACUUGGACUUGUCAUUCAAUAACUUUACCGGUCAAAUCCCAUGUUUUGAUUUGUCCAAAAAUCUUGCCCAUGUAUAUCUCUCUUAUAAUAAACCGAGUGGCAAGAUCGAGUCAUUUAAGUGGGAAGACCUUCCAAACCUUACUCAUAUUGAUUUAAUCCACAAUUCACUUAAUGGGAAUAUUCCUUCCUCUCUUGUGUCACUCCCUUCACUGAAGAAGAUUUGGCUUUCCAACAAUCAAUUUGAUGGUGCGGUUACUGGUGUUCCAAAAGUGAGAGAAUCCUUAUUUGAUACUCUUGAUCUCAGUUACAACCAAUUGCAAGGGCCGAUACCUGUGUAUGUUUUUGAACUCCGUAGACUUAGCGUUCUGGUGCUUUCUUCCAACAAUUUCAGUGGCACCAUACGGCCAGGAGACGACAUUCGGAAGCUUGUGAAUCUCAUAUAUCUUGACCUUUCACACAACAACCUGUCUGUCAUUGCAACUGGGAGUUAUUCGGUCUUGUCAUCCUUUCCCAAGAUUAUUACACUAAAGCUGGCGUCCUGCAAACUGAAUGUGUUCCCUGAUCUAAAGAACCAAUCAAGAUUAGCCUAUCUGGAUCUUUCACAAAACCAAAUUUCAGGUGAAGUACCCAAUUGGAUUUGGAGUGUCAGUGAUGACCUCCUGCAUCUGAACCUUUCAUUUAAUCAGCUUGAGGGUCUACAGAAACCUUAUCAAAUAGUGCCCAAUCUUUCAGUCAUUGACCUUCGUUUUAACAGACUCACUGGUCAUAUCCCAACUCUGCCUCUAUCUGCAACCUAUCUGGAUUUUUCAAGCAAUAAUUUUACUUCUUCUUUACCAAGUAACAUUGAUGACUACCUCUCCUACACUAUUUUCUUUUCUGUCUCAAGCAAUGGCCUUACAGGUGCCAUUCCUAAAUCAAUAUGUGAGGCUGUUAAUCUGCGAGUUCUUGACUUGUCCAACAAUAGUCUGAGUCGUGCCAUACCAUAA